GGACCCCCAGUGUGGCGCGUGCAUGCCGGGCUUCGAGAUCCUGCUGCAGAAGCAGCUGAAGGGCAAGCAGAUGCAGAAGGAGAUGUCCGAGUUCGUCCACGAAAGGAUAAAGAUCGAAGAGGAGUAUGCCAAGAACCUCUCCAAACUCUCCCUGAGUCCUCUGGCUGCCCAGGAGGAAGGAACCGUGGGUGAAGCCUGGAUCCAGCUGAAGAAGAGUCUCCACGACGAAGCCGAGGUGCACCUGAAGUUCUCCAACAAGCUCCACAGCGAGGUGGAGAAGCCCAUGCUGACCUUCAGGAGCGACCACUUCAAGAAGGACCUGAAGAAGUACGACCACCACAGUUACAUCGCUGGCUGUAAACAAACCAAACACUGUCCGUGA